AUGAUAAUAAUGCAAGAAAUUGGUAAGAGUUUCAAAACUUAUAUAAAAAAGCUAAAGCAAGAUUAUGAUUCUGAAUCUAAAAAUGAAUUAAAGGAUAUUAUAUCUAUUUAUAAAUCUGCAAUCAAGAAUUUUAUUACUACUAAUGAUAUAUAA